AUGCUGAGCGGUUCGGUAGGCGCAAUAAUUAGCCUCUGGGCUGUUUUGUCGACUCCGGCGACACAUAGCAUUUCGCAGCAGCAGAAGCUGUCGCCGUUCGGCCCGGGCAUGAGGAACGCGGUCAUGAGUGGUAUUCAAGACUCUGCUGACUUCGCCGUCAAGAUCCACCCACCUGUGGAAGAUCUAGAUGAGACUCUGAAGUCUCUGGAUGGGAUCAUGAUGAUGGAAGACGCCGAGCGCCGUGCGUCCAACGAAGACUUCGUCGACGCCGAGCAGCGGCUCCUGGCGGUUCACAAGGCCAAGAUUAGGGAAAUUGUGGCAGCUGCAAUGGAACCCAUACACGCAAUGUUCCCCGUGAAAUUUCAGGAGGUCAUGGAAGAUGACAACGAGCUUUAA